AUCCAUGAUGAAAAUGAUGAAUUUCUGGAAUGUUGUCGUAGACGAGAUUUACCGGACCCAUGCUUGAACAAAUGUUCAUAUGCCAACUACAAUCAAAAUGCUGUAUGUUUUCGCCCGUGUAUUAUUUAUUUCUAUUUGAUGUUUCUGUUUGUUGUGCUUAUAGUAUGGUUCCAGCUUCGAAGUAUGUUUCUGCAAAUUGAUCCAUGCCCACUGUUAGCAGCGAACGAUAUUCAUUUUUGUGCUGCACGUGGUCGUGAUCAUCGUCAGUGCUGUACAAUGAAUGGGGUUGCCACAACACUGGCUCGACAGAAGUGCCUGAUAUUUUGCGACCAGCGACCGCAGAAUGAAACUCGUCUGGAUCUGUCGUAUCUGCCAUGUUUCGAACGCUUCGAAAGUAUUAAAGGUUGUUUCUGGCGCUGGGCGAGAAAACAGUACCAGUUGGACAAGCUUUUUAUAACCAAGUGGAUGGAGCCUAAAACUAAUUUGCAACAUGCGUUUGGGUUCGAUAUUGAGCAACAGCCGCCAUCCCCAUUUGAUCAUCAGUUGUAA